AUGGUAGGAAGUAUAAAUACCAAACCAAACUUCAAAAUGCAGUCAGAAAGCAGUAACGCCUCGGACCUGUCAAGUAACGGGACUGUACUUGACUUGAAUCGGCCGCAGUCCCAAUCGGCAACUCACGCAACCGGCAACACUCUACCCCAAUCACAAACAGCAACUCUGGACAACGAUGGUAUUGGAAGAAACGUUCCUCGUCCUCGUCGAGGAACCUCUCCACUAGCACCUCAGGGUGGGCGAAGGAUUAAGUGGACAAAUGAAAUGAAUGAAUUUGUUAUAGAACACUAUUUCUUAAUAACAAAGUGCGAGCGAAUCAAGGUGGCAUACAGGAAGAAAUUGCAUGAAGCUUUUCAAACAGAAUACCCUCAACUGAAUCACAUGACCGAACAAAACAUUGCAGAUAGAAGAUCAGGAGGUUUGGUUUGGUUUGGAGGGGCUCUCUUAGAAGCGGAAACACUGAACAAUAUCUGUCAGAAGGUAGAAAGAAGACUUCGUCAAACGGAAGAAAGUCAGGAGACACAUGAUAUACAGAGAUUAGACACUAAUGAACUAGAAGAAACUGAAGAGGCACGGAUUAUGUUUAAUAGGGAGAAUGAUGAAAGUAGUCAAGAAGGAAUUCAUCCAGAGGAAAGAGAACAGGAACAAAAGACAAAUCAAAUUAAUGGAACUGAAAUGCAAUCAAGCAAAGAAUUUCCGCUAGCGGAAAUUCUAACACAUGAAUUUAAAGAGGCCAAAACGAGAUGGGAAGGAAUACCAUUAGAAAAUAGAAUUGGCAUUCCUAAACAAAACUCAAAGAAACUAGCAGAACUAAUUGUAAUCUUCAAUUCCAUCAUUCUGCCCGAGCAGUUGAAAAAUCUCACAACACUUGAGGAAAUACAGAACAUCCUGUACUUAGGGGCUUUGUCAAUUUGCAAGUGCAAUGGAGCUAAAAUAUUAGAGGAAUAUAUAAGCAACCACCAAAAAGCAACACAUAGGUGGCAAGGAAGACUAGAACGACAGAUUUCAGACCUAAAAUAG